CGUUCUAAAGGCCUCAACAGACGGCAUGAGUUUGAAGUACCAUACCAAUUAAACUUAGAUUUACAAGCAAAUCUUAAUGUGUGAAGACUACUUUUUCUCGAAUUUGUACAAUUUAAUACUAGAUUUUCAGUAUAAGACAUGUUCUAUCUCUAAAUUGUAGUUGUACAGACCUCCCAUGAUCACAGGUGACAGAUUUCCCAAUUAUCCACUGAUAGUGUGUUUAAUGAAUGAUAUUCCAGAGCAAUAAGGGCUAAAAUGUAAUUUAAGUAGUAAGAUUGGGUAAAAAGGAUGUUGAAAAACUCAUUGGGAGCCCCAACAUUGUGGCAUGUUCGAAUCCCAAAUUACCCAGAAAAUGAUUAUGAACUAUUUUUUUAAUGGAAGAGUUUCCGUCAUUACUAAUCCAGAAAACAUAAUUUUUCACCGAGAGACCAAAAUACAGAACAGAAUGAUUGAUUUUCUAUAAAUAGUUGUGAAAUUCCAAAAACUGUUACUAUUUAUAGUCAAAAUGGGUUUCUGGUUUAUCCAUUUUUCAGGUCACCUUCAUUUCUACAAUUUGAACAAAUGUGUUGCUUUUCAGUGAAAUAGAACAUUUUAUAGGGACACUUUCUGCUUAGAAAUAAGGACAUUUUUCUGGACAAGAAGCUUUACAGCAGUUGCCUAGUGGUUAAGUGUCGUGUGAUCUUAUUUUACUGAAAUUCUCAAUCGAGGAUUCGAAAUGGCAGACAAAUAUUAUAGACUUGUUUGCUUUGUGGUAGACAUUUGUGCUGACGUAUUAAGGAAAUAUUUUGUCAAACUUGCAAAAACUGAUGCAGGGAACACUUAUACAUCAGUCGAGGCAUACCUAUCUCACAGAAAUCGGGAUGUGAUGCAAUUAUUUAAUAGCAAAAAGCUCAAGAGAGAUCAGUAUCAUUUAUUGUAUCCUGAUAACGGCACCGCUGAUGAAAACCAAUGGGACAUCUCAAUACUGGUAACAUUGAUAACAGAACUUUUUGCGAUGCGUCUGCAGCCACUCGUUGUCGUCGCGUUGAAAUAUGAAAUUCGGGGGAUUCGAAAUGAGUUGCAGUGUCUUCCAAAUACUGGCAAUAUUUCAGAUGAUGACUUCGAUGAUUGGUGGAGAAGAUUGGACGAUUCUGUUAGGCUUAUAGCAAAAAUUACGCUUGAUACAAAUGAGCAAGCAUCCUUACUAGAGAAAAUUUCCAUUCUCAGACAAGAGACGGUCCAGAAACCAGGACCUUCAGAGGUAAAAAGUAAAAGAACCAAAGUUGCUGAUGAUGUUUUGGCACGGUUACAAGCGGGUUUUGAGUCAACGAUGAAAGAACUAUCAGACGAUUUCAAACCACCAAAUGAAAUGACAGACAUUCGAGCUAAACUAAGAGAUUGCCAUCAUGUGGUUGUAACCGGAUGCAACAAUAACCGUUACUUUGAGACUGCUCUUGCAGCAAUAAAGGGGAUGGACUAUAAUAUAAAACGAAGCGUAGAAAUGCAUACAUCAUCUGAUUGGCGGCACAUUAAUCCUGAAGAUGUAGACUUGGUUUUAUGUAUAGAUCCAUUUGGAAGAUUAUUUUACGAUGAAAGCAAAGCUAAAGCCAUGGAAGAUAUAUUUAAAAGCAUGAUACAUUCUACAAAGAAAGAUGAUGGUGAUAAAGCCUUGGACAUUGUCAUAGUUACAGACUUAAAUAUAUUGCAAGAGUGUAAAAUGCAUCAUGACCAUGAACUCUUAGACAAAGUGGUAAAGGUGUUUACUGAUACAAGUUCAACACAAUCAGCCGAUCUUACAAUAGAUAAUACAAUACCUGAUGAGAUUUCAAGUGAUCCGAGAACAAGAGAACUCUAUGAAAAGGCAAUACAGAAAGGCACUGAAAAAGACAGCAUAAUUCGAAUUAUGGUUAUUGGUUGUUUUGGACAAGGCAAAACGUCAUUAGUAAGGAAUUUAUUGAAACAGUCAAUUGAAGGAGUUGAAACAACGAACGGCAUUGAUUUGCAUAAAUGUACAGUUAUCAACGAUAAUGACUGGAAGAUGUUAGACAAUGAAGAUCUCAAUAAAGAAACAGUUCAGCGCUUGGUAAAUAUUGCACUUAAAGAAACAACUUACGAGACAACUUCAUCUGCUUCCGAAGAAGAAAACUGCCUUCCUAACAAACAUGAAUUAAGACCUCAAUCCGCAAUGGAUAUCUCAAGAACAACGGAUGAAAAAAAUGAUAAAACUGAUGAGUACGAAGACAAAAGGGAAAACGUUAAAAUAAACAAAUCUCAAAUUGCUGACGCUGCUGAAACAUUAGUUAGAAAUAAAAAAGUCAAUUACGAAAACUUAAAUUCAUUCAAGACUGAAUUAGAAAUUGUUGAAUCAAUUCAGGAGGAAAUAAAACUUGAAAACAAUGUCACACUAAAUGUAUGGGACUACGGAGGAGAAUUUGUCUUUUAUGCAACUCAUCAAAUAUUUCAUUCAAAACAAGCUGUUUAUCUGCUUGUAUUUAAUCUUAGCAUUGCCCUGGACACAAUUAUCGAAGAUAAGGAGUUCCCAUUACAUCAAAAGAAAAUGAGGGAUUAUUUAAAAUUCUGGGUGACGUCUGUAAGCUCUUUUGUUGGGAGUAGGGAUGGAAUGGAGCCCGCUAUUGUUUUAGUGGGAACCCACGCGGACAAAUUGAAUGCGAGAAGCAAUAGUGAGGACUAUUUUGAGAAUGUAAGGCAAAUAUUUGGCCACAGUGUAUGUCUUAAUCAUAUUCAAUCCAAUCAAUUUGCUAUUUCAAACACAAAUGGGUCAGAAAGCGAAUUUGAUGCACUACGAUCGUAUAUUACACGUUUAGGACAAAGACAAUUGAAAACAAGAAUUCCGGCUAAAUGGAUUCUCCUUGAGACGGCUCUUAAAAUGAACAAACAGAAAAAAAUAAUAACAAUUGAUCAACUUAUAGAAAUAGACAGUCAUACGGAUAGUCCUUUACAAACUGACGACUCAAAAGAAACCAUGGACCAGAUCAAACUGUUUCUGUCAUAUCAUCAUGCAAAGGGAACAUUCUGUUAUUUUGAUGAGAACAAUUUGUCAAACCAUGUUGUUUUAGAUCCACAAUUCCUUGUUGACGCUUUCAGGUGCGUAUUUACAUCUGAAAAAUUUUGCAAAGUGCGCCCAAAAAUGAGACAUGUUUGGGAAGAAUUGUGUAACACCGCAAUUAUACGCGCAGAGCUUUUUGAAGAGGUUUGGAGACAAGAAAAAGAUAACAAUUUCUAUGAGUUCAAACAGCUAUUGAUAGAGUACAUGCAAAAACAUCAUAUUAUAGCGGAAGUCCUAGCUUAUGAGCUUGAGUCUGAGUCGGUCAUAAAACGAUUAGGGUAUUUCAUUGUACCAAGUUUACUCAAGAUUUCAGCCGAUGAUGACACUAUGAGGUCAUAUUUGGAAGGAAAACCAUUGUCAACAGUUUCUUUGUGCUACAAGUUUGAACAUGAAACGAUGGCCCCCUUCACUUAUCAGGCCUGUUUAGCCGGUCUUAUUGGACGAUGGCCACUUGCAAAUCUCGACAACACCCAUGUUUUGUUUGAUAACGUAGCUGCAUGUGAAAUAGAGCGAGAACACGCUGGUGUAUUGAUGCUGACGGAAAACAAACUCGAGCUUCUCGUUGUUAGUCUUUGUCCUCCCGACAAUGUCAAAGCUGAUGUCUGUGAUAUGUUUCGCCGAUAUGUAGAGGCAGUUAUGAUAAAAAGGAUGCAUAAAUUAAAUGCAAAUAAGCAUGAGGGACAGUUUUUUAGUCUUGCUGCGAGGUGUUUACAUACAGAUCAUGGAACAAGGGGAAGUAGUAGAACAUUUUCUAUUGACAACAUACAAUCAUGUAAUUAUGAGAAAAUACCAUGUCCCGAUGGAAGAAGUCACUGCUUACAGGUACGCAGUAUUGUGAAGGAAUGGUUCAUGACGGAUUUAAAACAAGAUAAUGUUCCGAAGAGAAAAUUAUCAGAUAAAGAGUAUAGCACUUUGGCAAUGGCAAUUGGAAACGGUUGGGAUCUGCUUGGAUCGCAACUUGGUCUUAAUUACAUAACUUUAGAUCAUAUUCGUAUGGAUAAAGAUAAUACUGCAGCGCGCAUAUAUGAAAUGUUUUUGAAAUGGGAUAGCCAGGAAGGAGACCAAGCUACCUUAGACGUUAUUGUACAAGCGAUAGAAAACUGCAACUCGGAAAAAGUACAUGUUAAUUUGGAUGUUAUAAAGAAUAUUAUCAACGGGUUCUGAGCCUAUGAAUUCGUUAAGCGUGUAUUACAAACGAGAUAACUGUUCAGGUCGUCCGAAAAAACAAAAACAAAAAACCAAAAAACAAAAAAAAAACAUGAAUUGUUUGUUAAUAUAAACAUAUUUUUGUUGAAUUUCAAAAAGAUAUUUCAUACUACGUGAUAAUUUGUACAAAUGUAUAAUAUAUUUGAAUGAGACUAUCGGUGGAAUUGAUAACAUACACAUUACUCUUAAACAUACAUUCAAUGAACGUUUUAAUAUGUUUCAUUUUACCUGCAUUUUUAGCUCACCUGUCACAAAGUGACAGGGUGAGCUUUUGUGAUCGCUUUUCGUCCGGCGUCCGUCCGUCGUCCGUCCGUCGUCUGUCCGUAAACUUUUACUUUAAAUGACAUCUCCUCAUAAACCACUAAGCCAAUUUCAUCCAAACUUCACAGGAAUGUUCCUUUGGUGGUCACCUUUAAAAAUUGUUCAAAGAAUUUAAUUCCAUGCAGAACUCUGGUUGACAUGGCAA